AGGGUGACAAGAAAUCCAUCAUAAAAUUCGAAUUUAACCCCAAAGAUGGAAUCGACAACCCUGCCUUGUCAUUGGCUGAGGACAUGGAUGGCAAGGGUGUGGGGGAACCACGCUUCUAUCUCCUGAGCAAGGGCAGCACGGAGAGCUUCGGCUUCUGCCUCCAUGAGGAGCUGGGCUGCCGAGGCCACAUCAUCCGGCAGGUUGAGCUGGGGGGGCUGGCCCAGCGCAGGGGGCUGCAGGACGGGGACCGGCUCCUCCAGGUCAACGGCCACUUCGUGGAUGAUAUGGACCACCACAGGGUGGUGCAGAAGAUCAAGGGCAGCGGGAACCAGGUCCUGCUGGCAGUGCUGGAUGGUGACUCCUACGAAGCAGCCAAAACCCUGGGCAGGGACCUGUCCCAGAUGCUGCCGGCCGACAUCCGCCCACGCCUCUGCCACGUUAUGCGGGACAAAAGUGGUUUUGGCUUCAGUGUGUCGGGUGUGAAGGGCACCUUCCAGCUGUCGGUGCGGCAGGACGGGCCGGCGGAGAGAGCGGGGGUACCGCCGGGUUCCUGGCUGCUGGAGAUGAACGGGGCCAGCGUGAGGAGCUACUCGCACGCACAGCUUGCCCGAAAGCUUAAGCAGAGCGGUAGCAAGGGGACGCUGUUGGUGGCAUCCAGUGCCGUGGAGGAGUUGUACGGCCUGCGGGGCCUGCGGGUCACGGCCGCCUUGGCGGACACCUCCUGGCUCCCCUUCAAGGUCCGGGAGCUGCACAUGGUGAAGGGUCCAGCUGGUUAUGGGUUUCUGCUCAAGGAGGAUGACUGCAGCUCGGGGGCAGGCCAAUUCCUGUGGGAAGUGGAUGCAGGACUGCCAGCCGAGCAGGCAGGGAUGAGGGAAGGGGACCGUCUCCUGGCUGUGAAUGGUGAGAGCAUCGAGGGGCUGGACCACCACCAGACGGUGCUCAGGAUCCGUGCCCGUGAUGACCAGGUGACGCUGCUGGUCAUCGACCCUGCUGGCGAUGAGUUCUACCAGUCGAUCGGGCUGUCCCCUCUGCUGUUCUUUGAGAACACUGACCCUGUCUCAGGCUCCUGCACGCCCUCCCUGCCCUCUCCCAGUGCCUCCCCUGGACUCUGUCAUGUUGAGGUGGGACCAAAGGGACCUGGGUCCUGGCUGGUGGCUGCUGCCAACAGUAUAGGGUUCACACAGAUCCCACGCCAGGAGGAGCAGAGGAGACUGCACCAGACAUUCUAG